AGUUGUACAAAUGCUAUUUUAACAAAUUUCAACUACAGCUUCAGUCCUAAAAGAGACGAUAAACAAUCCAGCAACUGGAGUUUCAUUCGAAAUAAUGGCUCCCCCUCAUCAAAAUUCAUCAUAUUCUACACACGUACCAAUUAGCUCCGAAGUGCUGAACGAUCUAUGCAGUCGAUUUAUAGUGAACCACGAUGCAGCGUCGAAAGGAACUGCUGGGUCGACCAAGUUGUGCUACCAGUUGGAGCUGGCCUACUGGUUCUACAUUGACUUCGAGCGCACAGACAACCCCAGCCUCCCCUCAGUGUCAUUCUCCGAGUUCUCCUUCCAAGUAUUAUCUCACGUAGCCUCUCUCAAACACCUCGCCAAUAAUGUGGAUGUGUUGAUGAAGGAAUGGCGGCAGUUCAAAUCCCAAGUACCUACUUAUGGCUGCAUCAUUCUCGACACCAGCUGCAAGUUCUGUCUGCUAGUGCAUGGAUUCUCCAGCAGCAACUCGUGGAGUUUUCCCAAGGGCAAAGUGAACGAAGGGGAGACACCCCAACAGUGUGCACUCAGAGAGGUGGAGGAGGAGGUUGGGAUAGACUUCUCUGACAAAAUUCGAGGCGACCACUACAUCGACAAAGAACUGAGCGGGAGGAAAACGAGACUCUACUUUGUUACAGAUGUGCCCUUCAAGACCCAAUUCAGUCCCAAGUGUCGUGGCGAGAUCAGAGACAUCCGCUGGUUCCCUAUCGACAGUCUGCCCAGGUACAAAUCAGACCUCACUUGUGUACAUGUACUUGGGAUGCAAUCAGUCCAAUUCUUCAUGGUAAUUCCGUUCGUAGAAGAUAUUCUGAUGUGGGUGAAAAAGUGGACCUCGGGCAAAAUGUCUCCCCGAACUAAUCAUAAUCAUGUAUACUCAACUACGCAUUCGCCACACCAUCCAAGUUCAAACACCCCCGAAAGGUUCUACGAUAAUCUUAGAGAUAAUCGAGCAAAACAGAGAAAAAAUGCGCGAGAAAACCCACCGUCGGCGAAUGGAUCGCCUUCUUUGCCUGACCAAACUAAACGACGAUCAGUUUCGAAUUCAGACCCUUUCUACGAGAACGUGAAAUCCAAGCCAGCUUCUACUGUUGGUAGUAUAAUUGCAACGUCAGCUAAGAAACAUAUCAGUCAUUCUAAAGUGCCCGAAGACGGAGAGCCCACAUACUCAAAUACUUCGCAAUUUCAGCCCAUUAAAGAAAAAAGUGCACCGUCUUUCUUCGAACACCAUUCGAAAACUUUGACUGACUUCAAGGUUGAUUUGAAGCGGGUAAUGAUGGCAUGGGAUGGCUGGCCUUGAAACGAUAGUGAUGAAUUUCUCCCAAUAACAGCAAAGUAAUAAUUCUUUGGUGCUAUUAAUAGCUGCUAUUCGAGUUCACAUUUUCACAUAUUUUUCCGCAAUUUGAAUGGAAAGAGGCGGAACUUUUCAUGCUUCAUUGCUGUUUCAGCAAGGUGCAUAAUCAGGGGGUUAUUGCCUCUACAUUCUUAAGGCCUAAAAAGCUAAAAGUUGGUUUGAUAUUUGGUUCACCCCGUUGCAAAACCUUAGAUUAUCACACACCAGAAUGCUGGUUGUGCGAUAUGAGGAAUUCGACAACUUGAUGACACUAAGUGUUUCUUAUCACUCUUUCAUGACAUCCCUUUUGGCUGAUCUACUUGAAAGUUUUUUUAAAGGUGAAUUGACUGCCAAUAAAUGCUGAUUUUUAUGGGGGAACACGUUUUGUUACGGGAACUACAUUGCUCGUAAUUUGCUCCCAUUUAUGAAGUAGAUCUGAGUUAAUAAUGGGCACUCGUUUUCUUGAUUGAAACUUUUCACAGGAGGAUAUUAUGCCUUGCGACGUGUUGCUAAUCAUUCUGAAGAGCGCAAGUAAUAAACAUAUUUGACAAGUAAUUACACUUGGGAGCUUUAGCGAGCGUUGUGUAAUAAUACGAUUAUUCUUUAUUCCCCAAUAUAAGUCGCAAAUAUUGGUUCCGCUUUUGGAGCACCUUUGCAGUAUUUGGUAGCAUGUGCUUUGACACGGCAAGUGAUAAGUUAGCACAGUUGAUGCAUUUUUGAUUCAUCAAUUGAACCGAAAAAAAGCUGUUUGCUUCAAACGACAGUGCAAUAAUAAAAACUUGACAUUUAAUAAGUAAUAAGUUAACGCAUUUGAUGCAUCAAAUGAACCGAGAAAAAAGCUGUUAGCUUUAAACAGUGCAAUAAUAAAAAUUUCCUACUAUAUCUGACAAUUUUUCUGAAACGCACAAUUUAUUCAUAAUUUGGCAGCAUGCUUUCCAAUUUAUUACAUGAAAAAGUAGUGUGGACGCCUUCAGUUUUGUAUACUCCCAAUUUUUGCGUGCAAAUUUUUUGUCUAUUCACAUCUGUCCCACUUUUUUUGCAUAGCAUUGGCAAUUUUUUAGCAUAUAUAGCUGCUUUAUUUUUGGCUAGUGUUAUAAAUUGUUAAGGGCUCGUCGCGCAGAUGCGAGAACAGGGGACUCUAAAUCUCUUGCUGAAACGAUCGAAUCCUCUGCAGCAAAAUAUUUUUUUCCUGAGUUUUUUUUUACUUUUUUAUUUAUUACUUUCUUUACAUUUUUAGAGCUUCUUUUUUGUCGUUUUUCGCUGAUUUUUUAAAGCGCAGCUUCUCUGUAAAAGCAAUACGACUCUUAAAUUUUGAGAAAACCGACGUUAGGACUCAAUAAAACAAAAGAACUCCUUAGGAAUUUGAUAAGAGUAAUGAACGUAGUGAAGACUCUUAUAUAGGUCUUGCUGAUUUUUUCUCAAGAAAAGUCUUAAAAGUGUCAAUUAACUACAGAUGCGCAUUCAUACAUAUUAAUGCACUUAUGAAUGCACUUUCAUUUAUUAAAGCAGUUUUUAAGUUCAAUUGAAAUUCAUCUGUUGAAAGUGAUGUAAAUAGCACUGAAGUAGAUCUGAGUUAAUAAUGGGCACUCGUUUUCUUGAUUGAAACUUUUCACAGGAGGAUAUUAUGCCUUGCGACGUGUUGCUAAUCAUUCUGAAGAGCGCAAGUAAUAAACAUAUUUGACAAGUAAUUACACUUGGGCGCUUUAGCGAGCGCUGUGUAAUAAUACGAUUAUUCUUUAUUCCCCAAUCUAAGUCGCAAAUAUUGGUUCCGCUUUUGGAGCACCCUUGCAGUAUUUGGUAGCAUUUGACACGACAAAUGAUAAGUUAGCACAGUUGAUGCAUUUUUGAUUCAUCAAUUGAACCGAAAAAAAGCUGUUUGCUUCAAACGACAGUGCAAUAAUAAAAACUUGACUUUAAAUUUGACAUUCAGUAAGUAAUAAGUUAACACAUUUGAUGCAUCAAAUGAACCGACAAAAAAGCUGUUAGCUUUAAACAGUGCAAUAAUAAAAUUUUCCUACUAUAUCUGACAAUUUUUCUGAAACGCACAAUUUAUUCAUAAUUUGGCAGCAUGCUUUCCAAUUUAUUACAUGGAAAACUAGUGUGGACGCCUUCAGUUUUGUAUACUCCAAUCUAUUGUGUGCAAAAUUUUUGUCUAUUCACAUCUGUCCCACUUUUGUUGCAUAGCAUUGGGAAUUUUUUAGCAUAUUUAGCUGCUUUAUGUUUGGCUAGUGUUACAAAUUGUUAGGGGCUCGUCGCGCAGAUGCGAGAACAGGGGACUCUAUUUUCUCUAGUUGGGUUCAUCUUAUCGAAAAAGCGCCAAUCAUAAAUUGUUCUAGAAAUUCAAAGAGCUUAAAAGACAUCUGUUGUUUCUUUGAAAUUCGAAAGUGAGAUUUUUUCAACAAAGUCAGUGUUUUUUUUGUUUACUUGCGUUCAUUACUGUUUGCGUUCAGAGCCCCCGCUAGAACAGUAAUACCGUUCUCGCAAAUUGUCUCAAACAUACCGGGACGAUUGAAGUGCUCCGUGAAUGUUAAACCCUUGUCAAUUCACAACAGGCGCGGUAAAGAAUUAACUAGGGGACACUGAUAGAACUGUUAUUGCUUGUUUGCUGUUGUUGGCUAUCGCUUGUUUUCUGUUGAUCUUGCAAUUACGGCCGAGCUCGAGCUGUUUUGUUGCAUUUGACUAAUAAUGAGAUCAUCGUUUUUUUUUUGUUUUUUAAAGGAGACAUUGUGUCAUUCAGAGCUUACUGGUCUGUUCAGAAGUCAAAGUCAUUGAUAUAAGCGAUUAGAUAAUAUUGCUUCAUGUGUUCUAGUGCGUACCGGGAAAAGAGAAACCUUUUUUUAGAUCCAUUGAGCUUCAGAAAACCACUGAAGUCAUUGUUAUGAUACCCAAGACUAGAUUUUGCUUGUUUUAUAGACAUUUGAGUUAUUAAUACUCAGGGUUUGAAUGUUGAAAACUUUUUUCAAAAUUUGUGAGCCGUUGUUUACCCUUGCGAUAAGCAAGACUAUUGCAAUCGGGUUCUAGACUUUUUCCCCUAAACAACUUUGUUCAUAGGACUCAUUUUAUAUCUCCUGGACUCCUUCAUCAUUCAUCUACUGACAUGAUCAAUUUCUUCAAAAUUAGAAGAAUAAAACUACUAUAGUUUAAUUGGUAAUUAGGUAAAGCCCGUUUCAGGUAACAAUUAUUUUUUCAAAAAUUUUCGCAAUGUUUUCUCGGUUUUGUGGUUUUCGUUCUAUUUUCUGUCGGUUCAUUUUCCGUUUUUUAAGCGCCUUAUUUUAGUGAUAGGGUUUUUGUUGGCUUACCUUCUAGAGCGUGUGCUUUUUUUCCAGUUUAAGCAGUGUUUUACUACAAUUGACAGUUCAGUAAUUUAUAAAUUUACCAAGUCUGAUAUUGGGUUAUUUUCAUUUUUUGUUCGUUUCUUAAAUAUUUAAAUAGUUUCAGUUCAUGUUCUAUCGGCUCAGUCAACUUUUAUUGCAUAAUUUCGAGGGCAAGUAUAUUCGCAUGCGAGUAUGUGUUUCAGAUUGGAUGGGUCGUAAAAAUUUUCAAAACCCAAUGAAGUUUUUUUAUGAAACAGUUUUUUUUUGUUUUCGGCUCAAACAUUCGACCAAAAAAUUGUUGACGCUCGGAAUUGAUUUUCAGUUGUUUUUAGGCUGCUUGUGAACGUCUUUCUAUGCAACCAUGAAAUUUUUGUAGCUGUUUUUUUCAAGUUAUUUUUUGUUUUGUUUCAAGUAAUUUUUUCAACUUAUU